UCAUUCUGCCUCAUGAUCUCUUUAUCUAUACACACAACUCGUGUCACAAAAGAACAAAGAAAUAGCCAAAACAAAACAACUAUCUUGUGUAACAUUAAAAUCCAUAAAAAUUACGGAUUUUUGAACAUUGCCUUUCAUGCAGCGUGUAAUGUAGCUGUAUGUGAAUAUAAACAGUCUGCAAAGUUGUAAAGCUGAAAGUGCAUCAUAAAUGAAGUCAUUGUCUCUCAAAAGAAAGAAUCGACUCUGAACCACUUAAACGAGUCGUUUGCAAUUCGAAUCCCAUUUCCACGAAGUUCACACGUCACAAGUUAAUACAUUUGCAUAAUAAUAGAGGAUGGAUUUUUUCAUUCACGUUAGUGCUGGGCUAACGUACGCACCGUCAUCGAUACUGUUGAUAAUACAGUUCUCACAUGUGCACCGCGAUAAAUUAGAAGUAAAUAUCAGUUUGUUGAUGGAUAUACACUUGUUAAUGCUGAUGGUGAGGAAUUACAGUUCAUACAUCAAUCUGAGUAGUGUAUCACUGAGAAACGUCCUGCUCAAGUCGUUCUUGCCAUGGAGGUUCUGGCUGAAUAAUUAUUUCUUCCAAUAUUUUAUCAUUGGACUCGCACUCCGAUUGAUAUGUUAAAAUCAACGCCAUCGUUACCGUCUUCACAGUGUGUACAGUCGCUGAGCUUUAGGAAGCCGUAAGCAGUAGACCAAUCACAACAGACUGGGCCGUCUGGCCAAUCAGAGCAGAGCAGGAGGAAUUUAGAUUCAUCCGAGGAGUUGUUCGAGAAUGUGGUGACAUGCAGUGUGUGUAUUAUGAGAAAAUUAAAGUGUUUUUUGACCUUUGAUACAUGUACCCCUGUUGUAGGAGACCUCCAAAACUGAAUUUAAAAUAGCAUAAUAGGGACACUUUAAAACCAAUAUCUAUUUCUGAAUGAUUAUGCAACAGUAUCUAACAAAUACAUUCAUUUUGCAAAACACAAACCAUGAAAUGUGAGUGAUCAACAUUAUAUUUGUCUAAUUUUAAUUUUUUUUGUGUGUCAUCUUACAAAUCACUUUAUCAAAUCAGGGUUUGUAAACAUUACUUUGUUUCCAGGCAUACUGAUUAAAACACCUUUACUCCUUGAAAUAAUGACAUUUAAAAGGAAAUAAGGCUAAAAAACACUUUCUUCUUUUGAGAAAGAAAUGUAAUAAAUGCCGUUAGGGCUGUCACGAUAUUAGAUUUUUCACACCACGGUUAUUGUGGCCAAAAGAAUUCACGAUAUCGAUAUAUAUAUCGCGAUAUCUAUAAAAUCCUUAGGGCUUUUUAAGACCUGAAGAAAUAAAAAUUUAUACUAGCAUAGUAGCCUAUACAUUAUGGCUGUUACCAAUCAAAUGAAAUCAUUAUCAACAAAAUCCAUCUUUGCACAGGUGACACAGAAUGAGAAGUGGCAUUAAUAUAUUUACACAGCAUUUACAAUAUGUCUACAUAAAUUUUAUUCAAUAUUUAAAUAUGGAAUUAUUUCUAAUUUUAACUUUUUAAUUGAAAUGUACUUUAAAUAUGAAACUAAACUGCCAGUAGGUGGCAGCAAGUCACUGUCGUAAUGAGUUCAUUCAUUUAUUCAUUCAUUCAACCAAUUUGUUCAAAUGACUGAUUCAUUCAGGAAGGAAGCAAGUGACUGUCAUUAUUGAAUGGGUCAUUUAAUCAUUAAUUAAACUGAUUCGUUCAAAACGCGGAUUCAGACAGUAUAACAAAAACAUUUCUGUCUGUUGCACGGCACUCUUGCUCGUGUGAUAUUGUACAUCAUAUCAUAUGAUAUAAGUUAAUGACAAAAACUCAUCGGGGCAAAAAUGCCCGUGUAUCUUGAAUUUUGAGGGCAUAUAACUGCAUGCAUAUCUACAUCACGCUGAGUAAGACGAGUAAAGAAAACGCAGUACUUAUUAAAAGAAUCACCCUUUAUUUAGUAAUCCGCAGGGUGAUAGACACGAAGGUGGGUAAAAGGGUUGGUGGUGUUGCCACCCUUCGCACUCAGGCAAAUUCUGCAGUGUUUUCUUUGAAGCCGAAAAACUCCCAUACUGUUGAGCUUACUUUAUUCGGGUGUGAGCUUGAGUUUCGGUUCAUGUAUUUUUUGUGCUCAAGUUCACCGAGACGACAGAAAGUGCAUCCUGACUGUUUUCAUUAUUUUACAAAAGCACAACGUUUUGCUGUCAUUGUGAGUUUACAGAAAUAAAAGUGGACCCUUUACAGUUUGCAUUACUCUUAUCUGUAUGACCAAAAUGAUGGAGUAUUUAGGUUAAAUGCAAGUGAUCACACCGGUCCGGAGAAAACACUCUCUCCACUCAAACACUUGUAUAUGCACCAAUUAAUAGCACAUAUUUAUCUAGGACUCAAGUUUCAUGUUUUGCUACUACUUAUAUGUUUGAAGUGAUAAGCCAUAUUUGAGGUUGAUGAAUGAUAGGCAAAAGUUUGAAUUUCCUGCCAUUAACAUUCUCUCCCUCACGGACUUCCUGUUUAGUUUAUUUUUUCUGUGACAAACCGAAAAUCUUGGUUGACCCAAGCCUCUUCUAGUCGACUAACAGUUAGCUGACUAUUAGGGGGCAGCCCUAGUUUCACUCCUGCGGCUCCCUGGAGAUCUACCUUCAUCCAGUGCCAAUCCUGCUGCAACACACCUGGAGAGAAUAUAGUCACACUGGAAGUGUUAAAUGUAUCUUCUUGUUAAAUCCCAGGACCUACAAAGAAAUAACAAUAUUCACAAGGCCUGAUGGAGCUGAAAGAGAAGAAUCAAGAACUGAAUGUAAUGGAAGACAAAGAUCAGUAUGAGAAAUGUCAUGAUUUCAUGACUGGGGAGAAAUCUAUUAGUUCCUCACAGACUCAUAAAACAAAAACUAGAAACCUCCAGAUGAGAGUUCACUCCACCUGCCAACAGUGUCAAAAGAGGUUCACUCGAAAAGAAAGCCUUAAAGUCCACAUGAGAAUUCACACUGGAGAGAAGCCGUUCAUAUGCCCUCAGUGUGGAAAGAGAUUUAGACAGAAAAAAACCCUUAAUACCCACUUGAAAGUUCACACUGGAGAGAAGCCUCACACCUGCCAACAGUGUGGAAAGAGUUUCAGUCGAAAAGAAAGCCUUAAAGUUCACUUGAAAAUCCACACUGGAGAGAAGCCCUUCAUAUGCACUCAGUGUGGAAAGAGAUUUACACAGAAACGAAUCCUCAAUGAUCACUUGAGAGUUCACACUGGAGAGAAGCCUUACACCUGCAAACAGUGUGGAAAGAGUUUCUCACUAAAAGGAAAUCUUAAUACUCACAUGAGAGUUCACACUGGAGAGAAGCCAUUCAUAUGCUCUCAGUGUGAAAAGAGUUUUAGACGGAAAGCAGACCUUAAUUCCCACAUGAGUAAUCACACUGGAGAGAAGCCUUUCACCUGCCAACAGUGUGGGAAGAGCUUCACACUAAAAGAAAGCUUUGAGAUUCACAUGAGUGUUCACACUGGAGAGAAACUAUUCAUAUGCUCUCAGUGUGGAAAGAGAUUUAAACGGAAAAGAGACCUUAAUAUCCACAUGAGAAAUCACACUGGAGAGAAGCCAUUUAUUUGCCAACAUUGUGGAACGAGUUUUGCAUUAAAAGGAGCUCUUAAGACUCACAUGACAGUUCACACUGGAGAGAAGCCGUUUGAUUGUGAUCAGUGUGGAAAGAGUUUCAGAUAUAAAGAAAGUCUUAAUCAUCACAUGAUGAUUCACUCAGGAGAGAAAUGUUUUAUAUGUCAUCAGUGUGGAAUGAGUUUCACUGACAGUAAUCACCUUAAGAAUCAUGUAAAAAUUCACACCGUAGUGAAGCCUUACAAAUGCCAUCACUGUGGAAAGAGUUUCACAUACAGCACACACCUUGAGAAUCACAUGAGAGUUCACACUGGAGAGAAGCCUUUCACCUGCCCUCAGUGUGGAAAGAGCUUCACGAUUAAAAAAAAUCUUAAGGCUCACAUUAGAGUUCACACUGGAGAGAAGCCUUACAAGUGUCUUCGGUGUGAGAAGAGAUUCACAUAUCACACAGAACUGAAACGGCAUUUGCUAAACCAUUGUAAAAAGAAAUAGUCUUUUCCUCAGUGUGACGUCACGACUCAAAGGUUUUGUUAUAUUUCUGUUGUUUUGUUAGUGUGUGUGUCUGUCUAGGAAUGUCAUCUGAUUGCUGCUAUGUCCUGAUUGGUGCACAGCACUUUAAAAAGCACGUCAUCGCUUCCUUUACAGCAGGGGUGGGGAACGUUGAUCCUGGAGAGCCAUUGUCCUGCAGAGUUUAGCUCCAACCCUAAUUAAACACACCUGAAGCUAAUCAAAGUGUUCAGGAUUACUAAAGUUACAGGGAGAUGAGUGUUUUUUUUUCAGCUAAACUUGGCAGGACAAUGGCCCUCCAGGAUCAACGUUCCCCACCCCUGCUCUACAGAAACAUCUUGUGUUUGGAGAAGAUAGAGUUUUUGACUGUAUAGUGCAGAGUUUGUGUGUGUUAGGAUAGUUUGAAUGUGUUAAGAGUAUUGCUUGUUUGUUGUAUUUGGGAAAGUAAAGAGUCUGCCACUGUUUGAUCUGUUUUUGUUUGAGUUAGGUUUGUAUAUUCUUUUUUCCUUUCUCUUUUCUUUUUUGGGUUAAGGAUUAGGAAAGAAGUUUAAAAAUAAGAAAGUUUUAUUUAUUUUGGCCCAUUCAGCUCCUAAAUCAAGAGUCCCAAAUUAAGACAAUAAAUCAUCAUUGUUCCAAAUUCA